GAAAAACGGAGGGCGUGGGGGCAGUCCUGAGGGCUUCCUGAAGCCGACAUGACCUCCCUCCAAGCCAGGAAGGAUUCCUCCCAUCGGGGUGUAGCGCCCACCCCGAGCAAGAUUCCCGUGCGCCCUCACAGAUGCCCAGCGCUUCCGGCCGGCAAGCCCAGCGCGGGGGACCAGGAGAACCAAGACCCAAGGAGAAUGGUGCAGAAGCUCAGCAGUCAGCCCUUCCUCCAUGGCUCAGCAGACCCCACGCCAAAAGCUGCACAUCAAACAGAGAAAUCAGAGAGCUUGGUGGGAAGCACGCAGCACCGGAACCCCUUGGAAGAGCUCAGGCCCAGUCCUGGGGGACAGAGCAUGGGGCCUGGGCCUCCUCCCCAGACAGAGGCUCCAGGGGCCAUAGAGUUUGUGGCUGACCCAGCAGCCCUGGCCACUAUCCUAUCAGGUGAGGGGGUGAAGAGCUGUCACCUUGGGCGCCAGCCUAGUCUGGCCCAGAGAGUACUGAUUCGAGGGAGCCAGGGAGGCACCCUACGGAGAGGCCAGGGUGCCCGGGCCUCUGCAUAUUUGGCCCCCAGAACCCCUAUCCACCGACUGGACCCUGCCAGGGCUUCCUGCUUUUCCAGGCUGCAGGGACCAGGCCCCCGCAGCCAGACCUUGCGCCCUCAGAGGUCAGAAGAGCUGGAGCUAAGAAGAGAGACAGGUGUCAGCAGUCGGACCUCAGUGAGCCAGGCUGCAGAGUUGCUCCUGGGGACCCCAGUCAAGCCUGCUUCCUCUUUCCCUGGAAGAGAACAUGAAAUUGUCACUCACUCAGAUGAAGGAGGGGGCCCCCUCGGUCUGGCCCAGCGGGUACCAUUAAGAGAAAACAAAGACAUGACCUACACCAGGGACAGCCGAGACUGCCACCCGAUGCCUUCCCCUGGCCAAGCUGGGCCACCCUCCACCACCCGCCCAUCACUCUUUGGACAGGCUCAGCGUGUACCCUCCCCUAGCCCCUCAACCCGGAUCUCAUAUUCAGUGUUGAGGCGUCUCGCCAGUCACUCCAAAGCCCAGCUCACACCCAUCCCACAAGCACCCAAGGUUCAGCAGGUGAGAGGGUUGAGAGGCCUCUCCCCGCAGUCUGGCCCUGAAGAGCCUGUCCUGCCCUGGGAUCAGAUUACUGUACGGUUAUUUGACCAGGAGAGUUGCACCAGGUUGCAGGAGGGGCCUGGGAAACCACCUGUAGCAACUCUUUGCAGCCCCCACUCCAGCAGGACUUCCAACCUUCAGGUGCUGAAGAUGCAGCGCAUCAGUAUUCUGCAGCAGCUUUUGCAACAGGAGGUAGAAGGGCUGGCAGCCCGCCCUGAUAGCAGCUCCUCUCUGGAUAUGGUUGAACUUCAGCCCCUGCUGAUGGAGGUUUCUAGAACUCUGAGUGCCUCCGAACAUAAAUCUGGGCCUUUCCAUGUUCCUGAACCGUUACAGCACGCUGGGCUGCCAAAGCCCUGCCUUUUAGAGGAGUGUGGGGAACCACAGCCUGCCCCCGGAGCAGAUCCCCAGGUGGCUCAGCCUUGUCCUGCACCACAGCUGGCGCCCCCAGAGUCCUGCCACAGGAGGGCGCCUGAGGUUCCAGAGCCCCCUGCCCAGGAACAGCCGAAGGAACCAGAACCCCGUCCUCCAGUAGAGCCCCUUCAGGCCUGCCCCCCGGGGCAGACUGGACUCCCAAAGCCCUCCUCUGAGCUGGAGCCUGGGGCAUCUGAGGCCUGCCCCCCGAAUCCAGCACGCAGCCCACAGGGGCCUCCAGCAACCACCAGCCUGACCUCCCAAAGCCCAUUUUGUGCCAGUCCCCCUAGCUGCUCACUCCAGUCGCCAAGACCUCCUACACGUCAGGCAGGCUCCAGCAGUCUGGCCCCUCGAACCCUGGCCCUGAGGCAGCGCCUCAAGGCCUGUCUGACCACCAUCCACUGCUUCCACGAGACCUGCCUGGAUGACGAGUGUGCCUUCUACACCAGCCGAGCCCCUCCCUCAGGCCCCAGCCGGGUCUGUGCCAACCCUGUGGCCACCCUACUUGAAUGGCAAGAGGCGCUGUGUUUUAUUCCAGUCAGUUCUGCUGGCCCUCGAGAUUCUCCAGCGUGAGGCAUCAGCCUUCGCUCACUCCUGCCUUUGUUCCUUCCUUUUAGCCCUUAUUUAUUGUUAGUCCAACCCACUGACUAGAAGCCGACACCCCUUUGUCCCUCAAUAAAG